AUGAAUCAUUCGUCCCUUGCUGAUAGAAUAUCGGAGGUAAUUGUUAAUAACUUCAAUGGCUUAAAUAUAAAGUCGGGGAAGCCUACAGUUAGGUCGAACGGUGUACAAGAAUGGACAGUCUUAGCAGGUUUAGUUGCGUUAAUAUAUGACACAAAUGAUACAGAAGAGCCUGAAAUAUACCCAAUAACUAUAGCUACGGGUGUGAAGGCAUUACCUAACAGAUUUAGGGAAUUUUCUGAAGGUGCCAUGGUCCAUGAUCUACAUGCUGAAAUUUUAGCCAUAAGGCUCUUUAAUUGGUUUUUAUUAGAUGAAUGCUCUAAAUUGGUAGACAAAGAUGUUGAAAAUGUCAGCAAAAUAAUUGAAAGAAACAAGUACUCUCAAUUCAAACUUAAAGACGGUAUUAAGCUAGCAUUACUUGUGACAGAACCACCCUGUGGAGAUGCGUCCAUCAGUUAUUUGGCAGAUAACCUAGACAAUAAAGUGCCUUGGAAAGAAGAUAUAACGAAUCCUCGUAAAAGACAGAAGCUCGAUUCAGAUAUGGAAGUGAUACGAGGACGAACGAAUUUCGAUAAAAAAGGGAUCGUAAGAACUAAACCAGGUAGAUCUGACAGUGUAAUAACAUUAAGCAAAUCAUGCUCCGAUAAACUUUGCAUGAAACAACUCAUAGGGAUAACAAACGCUAUCACAAGUCUUUUGUUUCCAGAGGGAAUAAAUCUUGACUAUUUGGUUUUGCCAAAGGACAAGCUUAAGGAAGACGACAUAAAUAGAUGUUUCGACCACAGGUUUAUUAAAAAGCUUGAAGGAGAAAAUAAUAUCCAUCCUCUCAAAGUAAUAGGAUAUAAUAAAGAUGAUUAUCAAUUCCAUAAGCCGAAGAAACAUUCACCAGAUGUCCCGUCACAACUAUCCUUAUUACACGUUAUACCGUCGAAAUUUACACAAGUUCUAAAUAAUGGGGUUAAGAAUGGCAGUUUCAUCAAAAAUAAGCGUCCGAAGGCAAACGGAGAGAGUAUAAUCUGUAACAAGCAACUAUAUAAGAAAGCUCAUAUUCUACUUAAUCAGGACGCCGCCACAUAUGUUGGCUUAAAGAAGACAAAUACUAGGAGACAGGCGUUAAAGAAACGGGGGAGGGAGACCCUCAUCGAUUGGGUUUCGACUGAUACGGAUGAUUUUGACUUACAGUGA